AUGUCCACCGAAGAGCCCACACAACCCUCCCCCAUGGACACCGCCACCACCACCACCACCACCUCCUCCUCCUCUUCCUCCUCCACAGCGCCACCGCCCCAACCCUCAGCCCAACAAGACGCCUCUCAGCCUACGUCCCAGCCAGAAACCUACCGCCAAGUCGCAGCCGCCCAUAUAGCCACCCUGUCUGAAAUCAACCACCAACUCCCCAAAAUGCUUCGCUACUUUGCAACCGCCCUGACCCAACUGACCGACCACCCCAUCCACGACACCCACAACACCAACAACAAUGACAACAACACCAACACCCAACCCACCGACACGCUAGAAUCCCGCCGCGAAGCCUUCCGCAAAUACGCCACCUUCACCGGCAUGUCCGUCAACCUGAUCCGCGAAGAACUCGUACGCCAAAUCGAAGACCUCGAGGCCUACAAAGUAAUCCCCACCAGCCAUCCGAAAUUCACAGUCGCCAAGCGACACGGCGACACGGCGCCGUCCAAGGAGGAGACGGAUCCGCAGGCUGGGGUGCGCAAUGGCGGGUAUGGCGAUUUUGACGUGGGCGUGUUGAAUGCGCGGGCGAGUACGGGGUUGGGGGGCGAGGAUGUGUUGGAGAGGGUGAGGGGGGUGUUGGAGGAGUUGGCGAGGAGGAGUGGGGGAAAUGAGGGGGUGGAUGGGGUCAAGGACGAGCAGAUGGUAGGGGUGGAUGGGUGA